UCGUGCAGUUGCUUGGCUUUAAUCUGGGAUUGAGUUAUGAAGAUACUGACACCUGCCUUUGUUCAGGAGAUAUCUGCACAAUGUCACCAGAUGCAGUGUACUCUGGGGGUGUAAAGGAUUUUAGCACCUGUAGUUUGGAUGACUUUAAAUAUUUUGCUUCAAAUUCUGGCCUUGACUGUCUUCAGAACAUCAUUCCAGAGGUGCCAGUUUACAGACAGAGGAGGGCAUGUGGCAAUGGAGUGUUGGAUCAAGGUGAACAGUGUGACUGUGGCACUCCAGCGAAUUGUACUCAUAAAAAGUGCUGUGAUGCUAGAACAUGUACAUUGAAAAAGGGUAAAGUCUGUGGUUCUGGGGAAUGCUGCACAAAAAAUUGCAAGAUAAGACCAGUUGGUGUACUUUGUAGGAAAUCAUUUGAUGAGUGUGAUUUCAUUGAAUUUUGCGAUGGCCUUACCCCACACUGUGUGCCUGACACUUUUGCACGCAAUGGACAGUCUUGUGAUUCAGGUCAAGCCUUCUGUUAUGAAGGGCGAUGUCGGCUGCAUACCACACAGUGUAGAGAUUUAAUCGGAGGAGCUUCUAGAGGUGCUCCGUUUGCUUGUUAUGAGGAAGUAAAUUCAAGAGGAGAUAGAUAUGGAAACUGUGGCCGAUAUUAUUGUGAUUAUCCUAAUCUUCUAUGUGGAAAAUUAGUUUGUGCCUGGCCACACAGAGCAUUAGUAGCACGUGACAAUUUAUCUGUGAUUUACACACAUGUACGAGAUGAAAUAUGUGUGUCUACAUUUCUAGACAAAGAGAAGCUUCCUAGAAAUUCAAUUACGACAGUUGAAAGACCUGAAGACAGAGAUGAAACAUUUGUACAAGAUGGCACUGUGUGUGGUCCUGAUAUGAAUUGUAUCAAAGUUUCUCUUCAGAUGAGAAAACAUUAUGGAGAGAAAUGGACUUAA